AGUAUCCAGCACUCAGAAGUCAGAAGUCAGAAGCAGCAGCCAACAAACAGAGCAGGAACGCUACUGGAAAUGUCACUCCGGCUAGAGAUAGGGUUCCGGUGAACGCUGAAGCGACCGAAUUUGUAAGUUUGUAGGGUUUCUUUCAGUCAAUUUGGGCGCCGGUGAGAGAUAGAGAGUAAUUACAAUGGGGGACGGCGCUAUGGUGCUUAAGCGAGCUCAUACCGACUUUGGCGACUACGAGGAAGAUGUGAUUGCGGAGAUCCUAGCAAGGCUUCCGGCCAAAUCCCUGAUGCGAUUCCGGUGCGUCUGCAAGUCAUGGCGUGCUUUGAUCUCUGAUUCCUAUUUUGUAAAGAAACACCUCAGCUAUGGAGAGAGAGGCAUCACCGAGAGCGCUCAGAGGCUCAUUUUCAUGCUGGAUCCUCCCUUGGCCUUGGACUGUGAAGCCUUGAAAAGCAUGGAGGACUAUGAAGCCUUGGAAAGUAUUAAGGAUGAUAUUCAUGGUCCUGGUCCUGGUGCUGGUGGUCACUUUGCAGUCUCCCAGCUGGAUUUUCCGGUAACGAAAACUAUCUCUGAUUUCAGUUAUAGAGUUCUUGUUGGUGCUUGCAAUGGCUUGGUAUGUGUAGAAGUAGGCUACGAGGCCAUUCUGUUAUGGAACCCUUGUACUAGAGACUCCAAGGUUUUACCAAAACCUCCUCGAGUUGUAGACUCCAAGUUUAGCAACUAUCUUUAUGGAUUCGGGUAUGAUUCUGCUAGUGACGACUACAAGGUGAUAUGGGGGUUCGCUUGUUAUUCAAAUGGUGCUACCGUGAUUGACAUCUUUUCACUGAAAACAGGUUCAUGGAGGACCGUCAAAGACAUUGGUUAUGUUUCAUUAAUAACACAGCAGGGGUUGUUCUUAAACGGAGCUCUGCAUUGGUUAUAUAAUCUACCUGAAGGGGUCACACAAAUUUUGUCUUUUGAUUUAGGGGAGGAGAAAUUUCAGAAGACGAUUCCAUUACCCUAUGAUGACUGGUUUGAUGAUCCCAUGAUUCAUAAAAAUUGCCUCUGUGUACUUAAUUGCCCAACUGGAACCAACAGUUUCAACAUAUGGAUGAUGAAAGAAUAUGGGGUCAAGGAAUCCUGGACUGAAGUCUUACAAUUUUCUCUGGAGAAUUAUGUAGAGUCUUAUGAUGAUUUAAGAGGAUAUUUCAGGCCUGUGUGCAUUUUAGAGAACGGUUUAGUUUUGAUUGAUCAGAUAGGUGUGUGUGAAGACCUCAUGGUAUUAUCUGAUCUAAAGGAGAAGAAAUUCAAGCAUUUUGUUGAGGUCGCAAAUGACUUGGAGUUUAGAACAGUCAUUUACCGAGAGACAUUAGUUUCACCAGACGCCCACACAUACAAAACCAACAAUAUGGCACACAGCUACAAGUAUCAAUUAUCUGAUUCUUUGUAUGCCGCCCCAAGUGUUGUUAAAUGGAGAGAAUUCAAUGUCUUACUUCAGAAGUUAUGUGUGAGCUAGUAGCCCGUUGCUGUAGUUCUCAAGGAAAUAGGGAGGCGAAAGUGCUUUUGUAGAAGCAACCUGGUUGUAAUCCAAGGUGGGCCUCAUUUUGAGGAGGGGGAGGUAUGUGUAAUGUUUCUCCUUCACUUGGAAACAAGUUAGGAGAUCCAAAAAGUCAUUUGGUUAUGUAGAAAAUGGAUGCAGCGUUGUUUAUAGGUGUUGUGUGAAAUAUCUCGUCUUUGUAAACCUAUUACGGUUUUUUCUUAUGACUAUCAAAUAUUGAAAUGUUAGCUCGUCA